AAAAAAUCAAGGUUUGCCUCUGCAGCAGCCAUGGCGAAGAUCAGGAAGGCCGUGACCGUGAUUCUGAGGCUGAUCGCUCUGGCUGCCACGGUGGUUGCGGUUGUGAUCAUGGUCACCAGCAAGGAGACUGCUCAUGUCUUGAACUUGACGUUCACCGCCAAGUUCACCCACACCCCUGCCUUCAAAUAUUACGUCGUCGCGGAAGCAAUUGCUGGAGUGUACACCAUCGUAGCCCUGCUGUUGUCUUCCAGAAGCUUGUUGGCGCGGUUAAUCCUGAUCCUAGACGUGGUGGUGGCGAUGGUUUUGACUUCGAGCAUCUCCGCCGCGCUGGCGAUAGCUCAGGUGGGGAAGCACGGCAACAGCCACGCCGGCUGGCUGCCGAUCUGCGGCCAAGUCCCUCAUUACUGCGACAAGUUGAUUAUUUCUCUCGUCGCCGGAUUCGUUGCCGCGCUGGUGUAUUUGCUGCUUCUCGUCUACACGCUUCGAGCGGCGCUGAGUCCUGUGUUCGCCAUUAAAUCUUAGAAAAAAUUAUGUCUGGUGUAAUGUACUAAGCUUAGCUAGCUACAGAGUGCUGGUUAAUAUAUCUUGGGCUUCCUUUCUUCUUAUUCUUUUAUCUCCCUGUUGUUUUGUUUCGUUUGAAGCAAUAAUAUUUUAGCUUAGUUAUUGUAAUGCUAUUUUUUUUUUAUAUGAGAUGGUUGAGAAAGAAUUCCCCGAUUGAGUUUACAUCUUAGAUUUCUAUUGUCACCUCUGGUUGUUCAAAUUCUCGU